AUGGCCCAGUCUGGCAUUCCCGUCAUUGACAUCAACGCGGCCGACGAAGCCACCAUUGGCCAGCAGCUCGUCGACGCAGCCGAGGAACAUGGCUUCAUAUACAUCAGAAACCUCGGCCAAGACAUUUCCGCGGCGCAAGUCGACGAAGCGUUUGCAUUGCUGUUUGAUGCUCCAUUAGAAGAGAAAGCCGCAUGCGCUAUUCAGACUAAUAACCGUGGUUGGGGUGGGCUUCAUUCAGAAACUUUAGACCCGAGAACACAAAAGGUGGGAGACUUUAAAGAGUACGCCUAUCUGUUGGACAAAUUCGAAGAUAAUACUGACGCCUCCAAGACCCGCCUCGAAGCUUUUCGUGAUGUCUGCACCGCCCUCUGCUCGAAGCUUCUUCGCCUCAUAGGCAACGGCCUCGGCGUCGGCGACUUCUUCGCUCAAGCCCACGAGAUCAAACCCGGCGACGAGUGCGACACCAUCCUGCGCCUCCUCCGGUACCCGCCCCCCUCCCUCACCACGCACACCCCCUCCGACGUGCGCGCCGGCGCCCACUCCGACUACGGCUCCAUCACGCUGCUCUUUCGCCUCCGAGGGCAGGCUGGUUUGGAAGUGCAGCAAUCGCCCGACGGCGACUCCUGGGCGCCCGUCCCCGUGCACCCGCCCGGCACCGCGCGCGACCCCAGCCCGCCCAUCCUCGUCAACGUCGGCGACCUGCUCUCGUACUGGACCGGUGGCCUGCUGCGGAGCACGGUGCACCGCGUGGCGUUUGGCGGCGACGAGGUGGACGGCGAGAGCGCGGCGGACCCGCGCUACUCCAUUGCCUUUUUCUCGAGUCCGUCACCGAGCACGGUGCUGGGAGUCGUGCCAAGCGAGCGCGUCCGCAACUUCGUGCCUCGCAGCAGCAACAGCAGCAGCAGUGAUAGUGCAAAUCCGUACGCAGAGCGUAGAGUGAUGCGCGCGGAUGAGCAUCUAUGGAUGAGACUGGCGGAGACGUACGGUGAUUUGUACAAAAAGGAAGAAAAGGCAUAG